AUCACAAUUUUUUAACUAUAGUUAAUGAUUACUGGAUUAAUAGCCCUAGGACUGGAGGUAUGGCAGGUCUAGCUAUGAAGCUAAAGGGUCUCAAAUCAAUUCUCUCAACCUGGAACAAACUGCACUUUGGCAAUAUAUUCCAAGAGGUGAAAGAUAAUGAAAUUACAGCCUGUAAAGCUCAAGAAGAAUAUGAGAUGGAUCCUAAUGAGGAGAAGAGGACUGCUGCUAAUCUAGCUUCUGCUAAUCUCAUAGUUAGUCUCAACAGGGAGGUUUGCUUCUGGAAACAAAAGGCUAACAUCAAGUGGAUGUCUGAGGGGGAUUGCAACUCUAAAUUUUUUCAUUCUUUUGCUAAACACAAAAGGAGUAAACUUACUAUCAGAUCUAUUCAAGAUGCUAAUGGCAACCAUCACUCAACCCAGGAGGAUAUUAGCAGGGAGGCAGUCAACUACUUCUUUGAGUGCUACUCUUCAGUUAAUCACCCAGAUACUGAUCUUAUCUCUAAUUUUAUUCCUAAAGUGAUUGAUGACCUGGACAAUCAGCUCUUAUGCUCUAUGCCUACAGAAUCGGAGAUCUUCUCUGCAGUUUGGGCUCUUAAUCCAGACAGUGCAGCUGGCUCUGAUGGCUUCAAUGGUUACUUCUUCAGAACUUGUUGGCACAUUAUCAAGAAGGAUGUUAUUCUAGCCUGCAAGGAGUUCUUUUUGGGAAUCCCAGUUCCUAAGUCCUUUGGGAGCACUUUCAUUACUCUGAUUCCUAAAAUUGAUGACCCUAAAAGUUUUGGUGAUUUCAGACCCAUAUCCCUCUCCACUUUCAUGAGUAAAAUUAACACCAAACUUCUGGCCUCUAGACUAGCUACCCUGCUUCCUAAAAUCAUCUCAGAAGAACAGACUGGUUUUCAAAAGAACAAGGGUGUGCAAGAACAAAUUCUCUUGGCAGAGGAAAUGGUCCAUAUGAUUGACAAGGAGGAGAUUCAAGGCGGAAGGAUUCCACUUCUGCGAUCGGUUGGGUUACAGAUUUAGAUGGCAGGUAGUCUCGAAGAGAAGGGGGAGAAGGUGAUCUACGUGAGAUGUAAUUGAGGGUGUUUGUCGGUCAGACUCCGAGGUUGACCUUCUUGUUUGUCUUUUGACUUUCUUUUUUGUUUUACUUUCGGGCUUCGGUCUAGUCCUCCCCGGACGUGUAUUAAUUGUGUUCUCUAAUAAAUUGGUAAGGGUGGC